CGUGCAGAGCAGCCAAGGGCCGACUGUGGCCAUGCAGGCCGUCACUCACAUCCUGUCCAUGCUCUCCGAGAUCCGUAUAUCAGAAGGCUUUCACUUUGCUGCUAGUGGAGAGGGCAUCGUUAACAUGGUGAUUGAGCUGCCAAUGAAGGGCAUGUCAGGGGACACGGACACAGAGAGUCCCUCUUGUAUUGUUCAGUACAUCCUGUUUCCACCUCACUCUACGUCUACCAAGGAUAGUUUCUCCACUGAUGAUGACAACGACACCGAGGUGGAGGCUGUAGAUGUGGACACCGAGCUGAACCUUGUGACAGAGUGCUGGGUAGAACCCCAGAGUGGCACAGUGAUGAACUGCAUGGAUCAACAUCGCCACUUCCAGGGCCUCAAAUACCAGGAGAUCCCUCAUGCAAUCUUCCCAAGGGAUCUGGCCUGUAUGUCCACCAUGAUGACCUUUGAGUAUUUGAGCCAACUGUGUCAGAACAAAGAUCAGGUCUGCUCACUGCCAGCUGGACUCAAGGAUAGAGAGGUAAUAAAACUCACUGCUCUUUAG